GCAAUUCCGAGACACUCAUCUGCACUACAACGAAGACAACAACACACGACAGAGAAACAUGGAGAAAAUACCUGAGAACGUUUGACGAAGGAGAUCAAAAAAUGGCACAAACUUGCCGGAAAAUGAAGCGACAGCACAUCGACGCAUAUCUGUCACUGACAAAUACGCGAAAUCUGUUGGUUUUCGACGAGGAAUACCAGAAUACGUGAGGGAUUUUCUUAAUAUUACCAACACAAUCCGAGGAGAGGAGGGAAAAAUGGCUACGGUUGUUGGUCCCGAGAAGGGUUCUGAACGGACGGCGAUGGAGAGGUUCGGUAACGGCGGGAUGGCGCUUCUGCCUUGGACUAAACAGAUGCUCACCGUACUGUGGGAGCAGCUUCGGUUGCUGGUUCAAGUCAUAUACUACACUUUCGUGUCAGUUUUCCAGAUGUUCAGGUUUGAGGUUCAUGUGAGAAUCACAGACGAGACAGGUCAGCACAUCCAGCACAUGAGCACAGCUUCCAACCCAACUGAAUCCUUCCUGUUCACCUCGUUGUUUGACGGAGAAAACGGAGUGAUGGUUGGCGGUUCGAAUCCCCUCUCUAACUUCUGUGCUGAAGUCGGCGACCCUUUCGCUGGGAAAUCCACCGCCGAGGCCCUGCUGUCCACACUGCGUGCUGACGACCUGUGCUGCGGACUAGUGGAUGAUUUUGUGUCCAGAACAUCGGGCAAAGAAGACGGCAUCUUUCUGGGACACCAAUCCAGCUGGAAAAUGGGCUUCCCUGGUGACUGGAACAUCUUUGUAUCAAGCAGCGAAAGCUCUAGUUCAAAUGACGCCUGCAAACAGGAUAUUUCAAUGGAAAAAGUUUUCAAACAGGACACUUCAGAAGAGGAGAGAAGCUCUCACUGGAGUAGCGAGGAAGAUCAGAACGGAGUUGAAUUUGACAGCGAGGAAAGUAAGGCGCUUUGGGAGUCUCUGUCAAAAUCUAGUGAUCCAUACAACCCCUUCUUUUUCUCUGCUUGCAUUUCAACAAACGCAAACAUGGGGAAAAAUAAAAGUGAAGCGAAGGACUGCAGUGAUACUGACCUCAUGUCAGUGAGCAAGGUCAGCGACGAGAUGUUGGGGCCUCCAGGCCUGAAUAUCUGGGUUAAUCGCUCUGACAGCGAGAGCAGUUGGAGCAGUUGGGCCAGUUCAGACGGUUCGAGCCCCGACAUUGACAAGGAGGAGAGCGAGAGGCUCUUAGAGUUCUUCAGCAGUCCUGACCCCUACAAUCCCAUGUGCUUCACUGCGUGCACAGUCAGCAGCACGUUGCCUCAAACCACCACUACAGUCUCUAAACAACAGGCCUCACUUCCUGCCCCCUCCUCCAAGUCAGACACAGACACUGAUGAGAAGGAGAAUAGCUUUCCGCCUUCGUCUGAGGAUGAAGAAGAGCAGCUGUGGAAAUCUCUCAGCCUAAAGGACGACCCGUACCACCCUCUCAACUUUCAGGCCUGCCUCCAGAGCCCCCCAACAACAACAAUCCAGUCUGGAAAAGGUCCCGAUAUCCUUGAUGUUCACCACACAAAUAAUCUACCCGCGAAGGGCAAGAAAUGUGAAAAAGAGUCAAAAACACCCCGAAAAUCCAGAGCCACCAAGCCCCUUCUGCCAGAGAGGCAGUUAAAGCAUCACUCCCAUCUAGACAAAACACUGGUUCCCUGGAAAAGACUUGCACAAACACCUCAGCCACUGCCAGAGGAGACGAAGAAGAGCAAGGCCAGCACCACCCAAAAAAAGGUGCGAUUUUCUCCUCUUGUCCAAGUCCACGUCAUGCGGACCUGGCUGUUUGCUCGACAGGCGUCUCGUAAAGGACACUGGGAAGAAAUGGCGCGAGACCGGGACCGCUUCCGGAGGCGGAUUCAGGACACAGAGCAGGCCAUUGGCCACUGCUUCACUCAGCCCCACAGAGAAAGGAUCCGGGCGUAUCUGGAUGGUGCCUUGAAGUAAAUAAAAGUCUUGAACACUGAAUGUUUUAUUUCCUUUUUGGAUGAGAACUUGUGAUUGGUUGCAAUGCAACAGUGAUUUUGAUUUAGGCCAAUUAGAAAUUUGAUGUUAGGCCAACUUUAAUGUUUGGUGUCAAGUUGAACAACCUUGUACCUCAAAAGGUUUUAUACAUUGUGACUGUUGCACUGACUGACACUUUCUCAUAUUAACCUCAGCAUCAACGUGUGGAAUGUUGUUUUUGUAUGCCUUAUAUACUGACCUAGUAAUGUAACUUAUUUAUGCCCUAUGGAGCUUGUCAUUUGAUUUUUACCUCCCUUUUUUUGGACUGUUUUUAUGUGUUUUUAUAUGUGUGAAAAAACUACAGUGGUGAAUCUAGAAGUUAAAAGUAGAUGAUGAUGAUGAUGAUAUCAUAAGAAAGCUUUUGCUUUACAGUACAAAGUGUUGAAAAGAUUAGUUUAAGCAUGAUGGGUAAUAUUCAUUUAUGGUGCAAUUCUUGUGUUAUUGUUAAAUAUUUUAGUUUUUGAUAUUUAAGUUUUGUCUUGUGUUUUCCUAUUUGAAGUCACAUCUUAGCUGCCUUUUAGCACUGAGCGUGCAGAUGGAUGUCUAUUAUUAUAUUGACUAGAAAGAUUAAAACACUUUGUGCUGUGUGACUUACUCAGCUUCUCAAGGUAAAAUCAUGUAGCCGAAAAUAUGACAAAAAAUCUUCUGUAGCAAAUUUGCCAUUUGGUGCUUUGUCAAAUCAAUAAAAUUUGUUACACUGUCA